CUGGAUUAUAUGGCAAUGUAGAAGAGGCCUACAUUGCCAUACUGUCCAGUCCAAUGCAGUUAAUCUACAUUCUGAAACUGUGUGAUAUGGCAGUGUAGAUGGGUCCUGAGAGGCAAAAUCCCAUAAAAGAACUUUCUCAAUUUCUGUGCUGAGAAUAAUGCAACACCCUCCAUUAUGAUGUCAUUUCCUACAGAACCUCGAAAGAGCAACUUUCUUGGCUUGCGCCAUGCUUGAUUCAGGUCUUCCAUUUGUGUUGUCUCUGCUCUGUUUGCCCACAGCUGCCUUGGGCUGCUUGCAAUGUGAUGAACAGUUCAAGGAAAAUGUGGAAAAACUCCGGACGAUAGUCGUGCCGCGUCAGAUCCAUGACACCCGCAUCAAGGGACGGGCUGAAGUUCUCCUCGAAGACCUUGAAAAAAACUUUUUCUACAACUACGCCAACAACCAGUUUCCUGGCCUUGCCGUUAAGAGAAAAGUUGACGACUUGAUCGUGGAGGUGAGAGCCACCACUGCAGAACUCCUUAAAACAACACUUACAGAUGAGGAUCUGCUGGAAAAACUGGUCGCUUUCCGGAAGGCUACCACCCUGAAGCUGAAGCGGGCAUUAAAAGAACACCAGGUGAAAGCUUGUAAUAAAAAAAUAUGUGGCACACUCAACUAUCAAGUGAUGAAUUGCAAAGGAUGCCAUGCGACUGCGGCUUACUGCAUGACUAUAGGCCAGUGCUUUGUUGAUUUCGAGGAACGCCUGUCCCUCCGUUAUGGACAGCCCCUGAAGGACCCCAAUAUUGCCCGAACUGGAGUCGCCAUUGUUCUGUGUAUGGGUGCAGUGCUCUUUCUGGUGAUGUUAUUCUCGAUUAUCGUCUACUGGAGGAACUGGCUAUUUCAAUAUAUUUAGUUGGAAGUCCUGCCUGAACGUGUUUAGUUGAAAGACCCACUGUAUUCUCACCCACAAAGGAUGUCUUCUGGAAAAGAUUCCAAAGUAUCCAGACAACCUUUGAACUCAAAAUCUUUUUCUGACCCAAACAACGCGAACCCUGUCUUUUUUCAAAUCUCUUAAUUUUCCAAAAUAAAUACAAAACCUA